AUGUUGUACAACUCCCUCACGGAACUCUUAGCCGAGAGCAGUUGCGGCAAGAGCCAAUUCUGCCUCCAACUCACUCUCUUGGCUCAGCUCCCUCCUUCCCACGGCGGCCUCUCCGCCUCCUCUCUUUACCUCCACACAGAAUUCCCUUUCCCCUUUCGCCGCCUCCGCCACCUCUCCCACUCCUUCCGCUCCUCACACGCGAAUCUUAUCCUCUCCAACCCCUAUGAAGAUGUGUACGUUCAAGCUGUACACGAUGCACACCACCUGCUCGACAUAAUGCCCAAGAUAGAGUGCUUUGUUGCUAGCAGGAAAACCUGA